AUGUUUGCCAGACUCUCUCUUCUUGGCUUUGAGUUGCGCGUACUCUUGAACCGCUGCCAGAGACGACUCUUGACGACUAUGGAACUGUACAGUCACGAGCCGCAGAGCCCAAACACUCCCAAGAGACCCAUGGAGACGCGGAAGCGAGCGGAUGUGACGACCGGGGAGGUCGUGGUGGGGACGACUCACCUCUACCGCGCCGAUGGUUCCAUUCGACUGAUCCCUAUGCCUUCGCCAGAUCCCAAGGACCCUCUUAAUCUGCCGCUAUGGAGGAAGUAUCUCGCCGUCAGCAUCGUCUGCUUCUUUGGUGCCCUCGCCUUGACAGCCGAAGUCGUCAUCGGCGGGCUGAUCCCCAUAUUCAUCCUGGAGUACGCCGGCGUGGACCCACACUACAUCAACCAGGUCGACUUCACCGACCGGAGCCGCGGCCCACCCGGCAGCCCCCUGACCGUCCUCCCCAAGGGCGUCAGGCCGCCGGACCUUGGCCGCAUCACGCUACUAGUGACGAUCCCGCUCAUGACCAACGGCAUCGCGUCCUACUUCCUCGUGCCCCUGAGCAUCGCCGUCGGACGCCGGCCCAUCCUCCUGCUUGCGUCGACUUGCGCCUGGGCCGGUGGCAUCUGGGCCGCCAUGAGCACUAGCCUCAACUCGCACCUGGCCGCCAGGGCAUUGCAGGGGCUUGGCGCUGGCGCCGUCGAGGCGUUGAUCCCGCUUGUGGUUCAGGAUAUGUUCUUCUUGCAUCAGCGCAACACGUGGAUGUCUGUCGUUGUCUCGUCGCAGGGCCUUCUUAUCAUCUCGGUCGGUAUCGCAACGCCGUACAUUGCUGCGAACUACUCCUGGCGCUGGAUCUACUGGAUCACAUCCGGGUUCGGAGUGUUUGCGUGGGUACUUUUGUUGGGUUUCAUGCCUGAGACGCGGUUUACUCGGUGCACGAAGGCUCUUGUCGGCGAAUCAGUCUAUCCCAUGGAAGAGGGCGAGGGCCGACCGCAGCUCGACCACCUCAACUACGCGCCACGCACCAUCUGGACCGAGAUCGGCGUCUUCAACUGCGGCUUCGAGUGGCGCGAGGCCGGCAUCAGCAUGCUCAACACGCUGCGGACGACCCUCUUCCCCGUGGUGAUAUGGACGACGCUGAUGAACAGCGCCUUCAUCAUCGCGGCGCAGGCCACGCAGCAGAUCUCGGCCUUUGCCCUGUUGGCCCAGGGCUGGCGGUACGAGCACACCGGCCUCUCCUUCGCCCCCUUUGUCGUCGCCGCCCUCUUCGUCUACGUCUUUGCCGGCCCCGUCGCCGACAAGCUCAGCCUCGCCACGACGAGGUGGCAGGCCAGGCACAUGGGGAAGAAGUCCGGCGAGGCCAGCGACAGCGAGGAUAACAUCAUCGAAGGCCCGCCUGCCGAGAACCUGCGAGAGGCGGAGCACAACCUUCCCAACUUUGUGCUGCCCUUUGUUGCCGGCAUCGCGGGCGCGUUCCUGUUUGGCGCGUCGGCGCAGCAGAACCUCCACUGGGCCAUCACGCUGACGGGAUCGUUCCUCAUCAUCUUUGGGUACCUGACGACGCUGACGCUGGCCAACGUCUUUGCCAUUGAGAGCUACCCCAUGUGGGCGGGACCCGUCCUCGUCAACGUCAGCAGCAUGCGCAUCAUCAUCGCCUUCUUCAUGGCCAGCCAGGCAACCAGCUGGGUGCAGACAAAGGGCGCCAUGGCGACGUUUGCCAUCUACGGCGAGACGCUCAUCGUGGUUAGCCUCGGGAUCGUGGUGCUCUUCUUCUUUGGCAAGAAGAUUCGGCGCUGGACUGCGGGAAAGGUCAAGCUCAGCGUGGUGGACAACGAUCGAGACCAGGGCGGCGGUGAUCGUGGCAGGAAGGGAAUAAGUGGUGGAGUGAGGGGGUUGAGGAGGAAAAGUCAGGGUUUCGAGAUGAUUUGA